CUGAUCUUGAGUCAGAAUUGUUGAUGUUCCUUUUUUGUCAGGAGUGGCGUGAGCGCUACAGCCAUCAGAGAGAAGAAACAGGAGCAAGAAACAGGGCCCCUGCCUCGGAAAUGAAGGAAACCAGUUACGCUGACACACUUAACUCCAGCUCAAACAAACAGGCUAAAUACUCCCGCGGAGGAGGCACUCGCUCUGAAAGAGACCGCAUAGAGCUCCUGCAGGACGCAGAGCCUCUGGACUUCAACGCAGAAACAGUCACUGACAACCCACUAGAGACCAACAGGCAUGCUGGAGGACGGUAUCUCUCCAUGUCCUCCUCACAGAGCAGAAUCUUUGAUGAUGUUUGAAGACCUUCUGACAGGAGAAGAGCAGAAAGGAAGCUGGAGUUAUCUUCUGCUCAUUCUGUCAUGGCGUAAGGAGACAUCGACCUUUAUAUCCUUCAUGAAUGUAAAAUGUUACAUUAUGCUGAAAAUGCACAACAGUAAUGGAUCCUCAUGUAAUAUCCUUGAAUGGAGAGCAUGUAUCUACUAAACACCCAGUUCCAGUUCUGUUUCUAUGCUUCCUCCUCAACAUCCUAUCUCUUUGGGUGAAUGUUAAUGGACCCUUCUAUUACUUAUUAUUAAUAUACAUAAGGAGAAGGAACUUACCCAGAAGGCAUUGCGAUCUGACCUUUUCAGACUAGCAAAAACAAGGUGUUUAUAUAAUUAAGUAAACAGGAGAAAUGAAAUAUUUCAGAUUUCACGUUUUCACAUUUCACAUAUCUACUGUGUAUAUAUAUAAAUAUUGGUGCAAAAUGAA